AUGUUUAGCUCAAUGAAAGAUACCAUCAUUGCACGGGCUCUUGUCAAGAACAUUCUGCUUUGCAGCAAAGAAGGAAAAGCAGCUUGGGCCACUACGACUGGCUAUUAUCAAGCCAUCAGACAUCAGUUUGAUGUUCAUGAGGCGGUUGCGACUGCGUCCCCAUAUUCUGUUUCAGUGCUGGCUUAUGCCGCAGACUUCUUGUACCACCAAGGCUUUCUGUGUUAUCGAGUCAAAACCCAAAUUCGUUUGCUGGAUGUACACAAUACAGGCCAAAAAGAGCUUGUUUUGGACCUCGACCAUAUGAACAGUUACGACAUCGGAAUUGAAUACAUUCUCUCGGACGUGGGAGAACAAACUACCCUUCUACGGUUCAGUUGCGGGAUCCUGAUCCUUCUGUUUAGCCAAGACAAUUCAAAUGAUGCUGAUCUGGUCGCGAUUGAUUUACAGCCCCGCCCAGACCAGGCUCGACAGAGCCGUUUGCUUCUCCAAGAACCAGUCUCCUCCUCGGAUCCAAUUUUUGUCCGCCAUACCCGUCUGUCUCUCUGGUUUGGCACGUUCACGGCCGUCAAUGGCCGACAGAGUGAAUGGGUAUUGCGGGGCGUGCAAUUGAAAACGUUCCAACGAACUGAGUUUUCCGUAGAAUUUCUUGUCGAUGGCGAGCUUGGCAGGAGAGUAUGCUUUGAGAUCUACAAGGGGAUCUUUAUGUGCGUGGGCAAUGGACGUGUUUGGCGCCGUGAGCAUCGUGAGGGCCCUAUCAACGAAAUGUGGGCUGAUCUCUCUAUACAAGUGGAUGAGGAAAAGGACCGACCGGUCAUUCUUGAAUUCCGCCGUGAAUGGCUUGACGGUCGAAGCGAAAACCAUCGUACCUAUUACACCACACCCCUCCCCACGCGAGACGAGGUCCUGGCAAUGCAUACAAAGGAGUUUACCCGACCCACUGAUAUGGUGGACUCAGGUGAAGCUCAUAGCCAGCUCCCAGGAAAAUGA